AUGACUACAAAUAAUAACAAUGAUAAUGCCACUGCCAAUAGCAACGUACCUGAUAAUGUUAAGGGUUGUAUCCAAUUAGAUCCAUAUUUAAGACCGUUUGCUGAUGUUUUAAGUGAAAGAAGAUAUUUGGCAGAUGAAUGGAACUACAAAUUAACCAAUGGUAAUAGCACUAGCUUAACUGAUUUUGCGAGAAAUGCCUAUAAAGAGUUUGGUUUCCAUGUAAAUGCCAACAACAAAGAUAUUACAUUCAAGGAAUGGGCACCUAAUGCAUCUAGAGCUUUUUUAAUUGGUGAUUUCAAUAACUGGAAUGAGUCCUCUCAUGAAUUGAAAAAAGAUGAGUAUGGUAACUUUGAAAUUCUUUUACCACCUGUUAAAAAUGCCGAGAGUGGCGAACUUCAAUAUGCCAUUCCUCAUGAUAGCAAAGUUAAGCUUUUAUUUAUUUUACCAGAUGGUUCAAAAAUAUAUAGGAUCCCUGCUUGGAUCACUAGAUGUACCCAGCCUGAUGAGGAGACCGUGAAGCAAUAUGGUCCAGGCUACGAAGGCCGUUUUUGGAAUCCAAAUAUGGAAAUAUACAAGCCUACUUCUGCUAAUGUCGCUCCCACUGUAGGUACCUCUGGUUUGAAAAUUUAUGAGGCUCAUAUAGGGAUAUCCACUCCAGAGCCUAAAAUAGGUACUUAUAAUGAGUUUACUGCAAAUGUGUUGCCACGUAUUCAUGAUCUGGGUUAUAAUGUAGUCCAAUUGAUGGCCAUCAUGGAGCACGCAUAUUAUGGUUCGUUUGGGUAUCAAGUAACUAAUUUUUUUGCGGUCAGUAGUAGAUAUGGUACACCUGAUGAUUUGAAAAAAUUAAUAGAUGCUGCGCAUAAGUUAGGUAUUAGCGUUUUCCUUGAUGUAGUCCAUUCCCAUGCAAGCAAAAAUUCAGGGGAUGGCUUAAAUUUCUUCGAUGGUUCGGAUCACCAAUACUUCCAUUCUCUUCAGUCUUCUGGUGGCAGGGGUGAGCACCCCUUAUGGGAUUCUAGAUUGUUCAACUAUGGUAAAUACGAAGUGCAACGAUUUUUAUUGGCUAAUUUGGCAUUUUUCAUUGAUGUGUACAAGUUUGAUGGGUUCCGAUUUGAUGGUGUGACCUCAAUGCUUUAUUCGCACCAUGGAUGUGGUUUUGGUUUUAGCGGCGAUUAUAAUGAAUAUCUAUCCCGUGACCGAAGCUUUGUUGAUCAUGAGGCAUUGGCCUAUUUGAUGUUAGCCAAUGAUUUAAUUCAUGAAAUGCUACCUGAUAGUAAUACUAUUGCUGAGGAUGUUUCUGGCUACCCCACUCUAUGUUUGCCUAGGUCAAUUGGUGGUGGUGGUUUUAACUAUAGAUUAGCAAUGGCAAUUCCUGAUAUGUGGAUCAAGUUAUUGAAGGAGUGCAAGGAUGAAGAUUGGGAGAUGGGCAAGAUUGUUUACAAUUUGACCAAUAGGAGACAUGGCGAAAAGGUGGUUGCAUAUGCGGAAUCUCACGAUCAAGCUUUAGUUGGAGACAAGACUUUGGCAUUCUGGUUGAUGGAUGCUGCUAUGUACACAGAUAUGACUGUUUUGACAAGUUUGACACCAGUAGUCGACAGGGGUAUUUCACUACACAAGUUGAUCAGAUUGAUUACGCAUUCUUUGGGUGGCGAAGCGUACUUGAAUUUUGAGGGUAAUGAGUUUGGACAUCCGGAGUGGUUAGAUUUUCCUACUCAGCUGAAUGGACAGAGUUAUCAUUAUGCCAGACGUCAAUUUAACUUGGUUGACGACCGUUUAUUACGUUAUAAAGAUUUAUAUCAAUUUGAUAAAUAUUUACAACACUGUGAGUCACAUUAUACAUGGUUGAAUACUCCACAGGCCUAUGUUUCUUUAAAGCAUGAAGUUGAUAAAGUUAUAGCAUAUGAGAGGAAUGGGUUGAUCUUUAUUUUUAAUUUCCAUCCUACCCAGAGUUUUGUAGAUUAUAGAAUUGGCGUUGAAGUUCCUGGCGCUUAUAAGAUUAUUUUGAACAGUGAUAGGUCUGAGUUUGGUGGACACAAUCGUAUUGACGAAGCAAAGUCAAGAUUCUUUACUGUUGAUUUGCCUUGGAACGGGCGUAAGAAUUAUAUUCAAGUUUAUAUUCCGAGUAGAGUUGCAAUUGUCCUAGCCUUGGAAAAUAGGGUAUGA